AUGUCUGAUAUACAUAAUCGCGUAUCACCAAAACCUAGUCAUAAAUUAAAUGAAUAUGAAAGUGCUGACCUUGGCGAAUCAAAAUUUUGGCGUAAAGUCAAACAAGAUCCCGUUGUGCCCAUUGGUAUGACCGGAUUUGGUUUGAUCGUUCUUGGAGCUAUUAUUGGUUUUAAUAGACGAGAUCGAAGCAAACCUACAUCUACCUAUUGGAUUCGUACUCGUGUUUAUGCACAAGGUUUUGUUGUAUCUCUAUUAACUGCCGCCGCUGUGUAUCAAGCUGUUAAAGGCCGACCAGAACCACGUGACAUUCAUGGACACAAAAAAGUUCCUGAAGGAACAUCACCGUCCACUAAUCAUCAUUAG